AUGGAGUACUUAGAGGGCCAAUCUAGAAGGAACAACCUGGUCUUUGAGGCUCUUCCUGAAUUACCUAAUGAGACCUGGGCUAAGUCGUACGAUAAGGUCCGUAAACUAGUGGUGGAAAACCUGAAAAUGGGUCUUCAGCAUGCCAUAGAGAUGGAAAGGGCACAUCGCACCAGUAAACCAGCUCAGAAUGGCAGAUCCAGACCAGUGGUGGUCAAGUUCCUCCGUUACAAGGAAAAGCAGGCUGUCCUCACGAAGGCCAAACUCCUCAAAGAUAAACCCCCCAGGACACCAGCAGCAGGACGAGUCUUUAUUCUAGAGAGGACUUACAGUGUCUCUGUGUCGAGGACAAAGACAGACGACAUGAUGCUGAGGGCAUGUGUCCUGUUCGCAGUCUGUGUCUCAGCUGCUCGUCGUGUUGACGGGGACACUUUAUGGAGAGAAGAAGAAGAAGGACAUGUCCAUCAGGACAUUUUGGGAUCAGAUUUUCUCCGACAUCCACUGCAUCCUCCGUUUGUCUGUCCUGAUAUGAGUCCAUCUCCUACCGUCCCCACCUCAGUUGAACGUGUCAAAGCUGCAGAUAUCAGAGUCAUCGCUGCUCUGGGAGACUCUCUGACUACUGCUAUCGGCGCCAAUGGGUCAUCCAUUUUGGCCACACCGUUUGAAUUUCGUCACGUGUCCUGGAGCAUUGGAGGAUAUGGAACGUAUCAAAACGUCAUCACACUGGCGAAUAUCUUUAAACUCUUCAAUCCCAACCUGCUGGGUCCGUCACCUGUGUGGACCUUCCACGGCCAGCCAACCACCAUCAACCAGACCGGAUUCAACUUCGCCGUCACUGGCCACAACACGCUGAAUGUCUCAGAUCAGAUCAGACACAUGAUCGACACCUUCAGGUCGUACCCGGGUCUGAACUAUGACGAGGACUGGAAGGUGGUGACGAUGCUCAUUGGCAUGAACGACAUCUGUGACUACUGCAAAGACAAAACUCUGUUCUCUCCGGACCGUUUCAUUCAUCACAUGACAGCAGCUCUGAACAUGAUGAUGGACCAGAUCCCCAGGACCAUCGUCAACGUGGUGCAGAUUCUUCCCAUGAAGCCUCUCAGAGAAGUUCAGAGACCCACUCUGGGCUGUCAGCUGCAAAGGAAAUUUUGCUCGUGUCUGGUUAAACCUGAAGAAAACUCCACUGAGCUGACGGAGCUGCUGCAGGUGAACCUCCAGUUCCAGCCCUCAGGGAACAUCGUGGUGAUGUCGUUCUGCUCUCUGAUUUUUCUUGUCAACAGAGCAGAUUAA